UAAACCCAUCUUUCUAUCUAUAAAAAAUCAAUAAUCCGGCCUCUAAGAAUUUCCAACAUGAAGUUCCUGUUUGUCCCGCCGGUGAUCUCAUCAUCACUAGCAGUAAUCCUACUGAUGACCUCCGUUCUUCUGCCAGCCUCCGCCGCCGGGAACUUCUACGAGGACACGCAGCCCACCUACGGGGGAGAGGAACGCGUGAAGGUUCUGGAAGGCGGGCGCCUACUAAACCUGAACUUGGACCACUCCUCCGGCUCUGGCUUUCAAUCCAAGAACGACUUUCUCUUCGGGAGAUUCGACGUCCGCCUCAAGCUCGUCCCCGGAAACUCCGCCGGCACCGUCACCACCUUUUACUUGUAUUCCCAAGGAGAGGCACACGACGAGGUUGAUUUCGAGUUCUUGGGGAACUCGUCGGGACAGCCAUACACAAUCCACACAAACGUUUACUCCCAAGGGAAAGGGGACAAAGAGCAGCGCUUCCAGCCUUGGUUCGACCCCACCGCCGCCUUCCACAACUACUCCAUUGUCUGGAAUCCUCUCCGCAUCAUAUUCAUGAUAGACAACAUUCCCAUAAGAGUGUUCGGGAACAACGAAGCGAUCGGCGUCCCGUUUCCGAAGAAGCAGCCGAUGAAGGUCAUAGCCAGCCUGUGGAACGCAGACGACUGGGCGACGCAGGGGGGGCGGGUGAAGACCGACUGGAGCAAUGCUCCGUUCACGGCCUCAUACAGGGACUUCAACGCCAACGGCUGUGUGUGGUCAGCCCAGAGGUCGGCAUCCUCUUGCAGCGGCGGCACUCAGAGCACCAUAGCAGCAGCAGCAGCAACAACAACGGGCGGGCAAGGGGGCCAGCCUGCGCAGGAUUGGCAGACUCAAGAUCUCGACGCCAAAGCGAGGAACAGACUCCGUUGGGUGCAGAGCAAGUUUAUGAUUUACAAUUACUGCUCCGAUCUUGCCAGGUUCCCCCAGGGCCUCCCUCCCGAAUGCAAGCGCCAAACCCAGAGGUUCUAAUUCUUGAUCGAAUUAUUAUUCAUCAUCAGAGCCACUUGCGUUGCGCCAGAGCCUCAGUAGUAAUCUCUUUGGGAGAAUUCAAUCUAUCUACCGUCAUGGGGCCGCUUUAUCCUUAUCCCUGCUGUCCAAAGUUAAUUUAUUUGUAUAAAGUAGAAACUAUUAGGGAGAGUACUAUUCUUUAUUCUUUUUUGUAUUGUCGGUAUGUGUGGAUAAUAAAGGCAGUUAUGUUACCCUAUUGAUUGCUCAGUACGUAUUCAUGAUGAAUGGUUUUAAACUUUGCUCCCUACAGCUGGUUUUAAUAUGUUCCAUCUUGUUAGUUUGCUCAAAAAACAUAUAAUGCAUGUCAUGUUAUNCGUCAUGGGGCCGCUUUAUCCUUAUCCCUGCUGUCCAAAGUUAAUUUAUUUGUAUAAAGUAGAAACUAUUAGGGAGAGUACUAUUCUUUAUUCUUUUUUGUAUUGUCGGUAUGUGUGGAUAAUAAAGGCAGUUAUGUUACCCUAUUGAUUGCUCAGUACGUAUUCAUGAUGAAUGGUUUUAAACUUUGCUCCCUACAGCUGGUUUUAAUAUGUUCCAUCUUGUUAGUUUGCUCAAAAAACAUAUAAUGCAUGUCAUGUUAUUAUUAAAAAAUUAAAAUAAAUACGAUAAAAUUUUAAUCCAUAU